ACCGAAUAUUACACAAUACCGAUACAGCGCUUCACAGUGAGAUGUUUCUUUUUUUCUUUUUUUUCUUUUUUUUUUGGUGCAAGCUUCAAAGCAUCGGUGUCAAACGUACCAUUAUGUAGUAACUUAUAACUAUGUCACCUUUGAUUAAAGUGUUACCUAAGUAAAAGAUGACUGACAACGUGAUCUCUAACACAUUCUCUGCACAUGAUUUCUGAUAAAUGAGGAAUUCAUGCAUCAGACAGAACUAAGAGCAUAUCACUUCCCUUUUGUAUGCAAUGCUACCACUUAACCUUCAGUUUGAGAGAAAAAUGACCAACCAUUCUCUUCAUGUGAACAUUGACAAGUGGAUUGCUGAGAAUGAAAGUUCAUUUGUACCACCUGUUUGCAACAAAUUAAUGUUCUUUUAUCAAUUGAAUAUUAUGUAUGUUGGUGGUCCAAAUGUGAGAAAGGAUUAUCACAUUGAGGAAGGGGAAGAGCUCUUUUAUCAGGUGAGGGGUGACAUGGUUUUGAAAGUGAUAGAGAAUGGCAAGCAUAAAGAAGUACAUAUUCGAGAAGGAGAGAUGUUCCUGCUUCCAGCUCGGAUUCCCCACUCCCCUCAGAGACAGGCAAACACAGUAGGGCUGGUGGUGGAGAGGAGGAGGCUUCGUUCAGAGACAGAUGGCCUGAGGUACUUUGUGGCUAAUAGUACAGAUGUCUUGUUUGAACGUUGGUUCUACUGUGAGAACCUUGGAACUCAACUUGUUCCCAUCAUCAAAGAGUUUAUGGAAUCCAGACAGAACAAAACAGGAAAACCUGAUCCAGCUGAACCCAUCAAGCCAGCCCCAUACCCACUCAACACUAUGAAUGUGAUGACACCGUUCUGCUUUAGGCAGUGGUUGGAAAAGCAGAAGCCUGCCUUGGCCAGUGGUCAGCCGGUGGAUAUGUUUGGAGCAAAGUUUGAGACUGAGACGCUACUCUUUGGUCCUGGGACAUCUGAAUCCUCUAGAAGACGAACUGAUGGCUGGAUUUGGCAGCUGGAGGGGUCCUCCAAUGUCUUCAUGAAUGACAAGGAGUACAUCCUGUCUGCAGGGGAUUGUCUGCUUAUAUUUGGAGAAACAGAGUAUCAGUGGAAACGGUCACAGCAUUGUGUUGCUUUGUAUGUUGCUCAAGACCCAGACAGGAAGAGACCUUACUGAGGCACAUAAAGGCAUAAGAUCACUUGUUUAGUGCAAAAUGUAUGAACUUUAUAACUUCAAAUUCUUUCCAAUGUACAGCUUUUAUUGUAAAAGCUUAUGUAUCCACCACAUUAUCAUAUUUGAAAUAAUCAUCAUAUUCACACAUUAGACAAAUAAACAUGCAUUCCUUGUAUUAAGCCUUAAAUAAUAAUAAUAAAAAAAAUCUCUCAUGAAA